ACUCUUCUCUCUCUUUUUCACCUUUGUAGUUAUUCUCUUCUUGUCCAACGUGGACGCGGGCUUCUAUUUCAACUAAACUACGGAUAUGGAUGACAGCGCUGCUAAACGAUUUACUCAUGUACUACUUACUGGGCCACCCGGAAUAGGAAAGACCACAGUUUGUAAAAAACUGGCAACUAUUCUGGGAAAUUGCACCAAUAAAUUCGAUGGAUUUUAUACUGAGGAGUUGAGAGGAUCUGCUGGAAGUCGUAUUGGUUUCGACGUGAUAAGGGUGACAGAUCCUGGAGCGAGGACCGCCCUGGCACGUUCUAUGAACGUUGUGGAACACCCCGACAGAUACAAACAUCGUGUAGGCAAUUACUGCGUUUUCAUUGACGACUUUGAAAAAGUUGCUUUGCCAGUCUUCCAAGUCAAGACAGACGUAUUGUUGAUUGACGAGAUUGGGAAAAUGGAAAUGUUCAGUGAUAGAUUCAAGAAUGAGGUGAGUAAUGCGUUCUUUGAAAAGAACAAUAAGAAACCAUUUGUGGUAGCAACUAUUCCACAGAACAAAGGACGUUUUCCAUCCUUACUGGAAAAGUUGCGAACUUUUAAUGCCUGUAAAAUUAUUAACGUGAAUUAUCAAAACCGUGAUAAAUUACCAGAGGAAAUUGCAAAAAUUAUUUCAAAAGUAUUGGCGGAGUAACUGAACUAUGAUACCAAAAGAAUAUUUUACUGUUGACAAACAGCAUGAAACGAGAUCUGCUAAUACAUUAUAAACAUCAUUUAUUAUUAACAAAAAAAAAACAAAAUGUUAGAUCGACGCAACCCC